UGCCUCUCCUCCCAGCCUGGUGCCAUGUCUGACAUGAUAUUUGGCAGCGGGACAGGCCAGUGGGUGUGCCCCAAUGACCGGCAGCUCGCACUGCGUGCCAAGCUCCAGACAGGCUGGUCAGUGCACACGUUCCAGACUGAGAAGCAGAGGAAGAUGCAGGCUCUGAGCCCGCAGGAACUCGAGGUCAUUUUGGAAGUCAUCCGCAAGGCAGAGAAAUUGGACAUCAUUGAGCAGCAGCGCAUCGGGCGCCUGGUGGAGCGGCUGGAGAACAUGAGGAAGAACGCGAUGGGCAAUGGCCUCUCGCAGUGUCUGCUUUGCAGUGAACUGCUUGGGCUGCUGGGUAGCACAUCGGUCUUUUGUCAGGAUUGCAAAAAGAAAGUUUGCACCAAGUGUGGAAUAGAAACCUUUGGAGCCCAGAAACGUCCUCUUUGGUUGUGCAAGAUCUGCAGUGAACAAAGAGAGGUUUGGAAGAGGUCUGGUGCGUGGUUCUACAAAGGGCUGCCCAAGUACAUCACACCUUUGAAGAGCAGCAGCAAAUCCAGUGAGCAGCACUCGCAGCCUUGGCAAAGCGAGUCAGCCAUGCCGGAGGCAGAGAGCAUCGGGACCAGCCGAUCCUUCACCUGGGCCAGGGGAAAAGUGGUUUCUAGUGACAGUGAGAGCGACUCAGAGUUCAGUUCCUCCAGCCUGGAUGAUAAGCCCUCACCUGCAGGGUCAAAAGGCUCACAAGGUGGAAAGCAGCAAGCAGGACUAGCAGCACCCAUCAGGGAGCCCAGCCAGGGCAGGGGCAGGGUGCUGGGGAGCACCCACCCCCCAAGUCUGUCGGGGAGCCACAGCAGCCUGGGCAGCGAGCAGGGGGCUGACCCCAGUGCCACAGAGAGCUACCACAGCGACCAGCCAGCCGAUGGGCGAGACAAUGACACCAGCAGCAGAGUCCCUGGCAAACGGUUCAUCCACACCAGAACACGACGCUGAUGGAGGUGAAGAUGGAGCUGCUUUGCCUGGAUCCAACGCUUGCCCAUUGCCCAUUCCUGUAGACCUCACUCCAGACAACAACUGCUGCUGGUGACUUCAUGAUACUCUUGCACAGGCAUUAGCAACACAAUGGCACCUAGGGAAGCACUUGCCUGUCUUCCCUGCCUCACUGACUUGAUUUAUGGUUUGGUCUGACUUCCCCUUCUGCUGACUGACUUGCACUUUGGGGUACUGCUCAGAAAAGAGUACUGUACUGUGCAGUGCUGUCAUGGGGUCCAGACCCAUGUUUCUUGGAAAGGAUGCACAAAGUGUGUUCACAGGAGCUGAAGAAACAUGUGCUGCCUCUGCUGUUCCUGGCUUGUCAAGCCCAGCUCUGGGUUCAUUUCCUGGUUUGCAGUCUGGCUUUGCAAUCUUCAGAAGAAAGGGGAAUUCACCCCUAUAUCCCUGAAAGGAGGUGUGAGGAAACUGCUACUUCUACUGCUUUCAACCCAGGGGUGAAUUUCCCUCUGUGAGCCGAAAUAGUGAGACUAGGGCUUUGAUUUGCACUUGAUUCCCUGGGACCAGGGUGUUAACCCUUAAGUUUCUUGUCAUUGUUGUUCUGGUUUGGUAGGAGUUUGGUGGUGGCAUCCUGAAUCGGCUGGCAAAGUCAUGCUCCUGUUUGCUUCCACUGAGGUCUCUGUGAUAGGGCUGUCUGCUCAAGGGGGCACUUCAGGUAGUAAAGAAAUGCUCAAAGAAGUUUACUGUGAAUUUUUUGCUUCUCCUGGCUGUGCACUGGCUUGUGUGUUCUGUGGUGGUGCUUUGCCAGUGGGAUCAUGGGCACUGCCUGUGUGCUGCAUCUCCUGGUGUGAGAAUGCCCACCGACCCGUGGCCCACUGGCUGCCUUUGUGUGUCCAAAUAGGAUAAAAGCUUUCAAAUUACUUUAUCUUGUUAAGCAGUACAGAUUCUCCUUCCACAUGCAUACCUUUUUGUCUCUUGCAUUAGCAGAAGCCUUUGUUUUGCCUUUUUCCUGCAAGUCUUGAGCAUCUGGCUGACUGUGAUGCUAUCACCAUGAGUCAGGCUGUAGAAAGCUGUGUGCCCUGGUCCUGCUUAUUCUCCAGGAUGGACAAUAUCCCUCUAAGGCCUGACAGAUGAGAAAAAUUAAAUUACCUGACAUCUCUUGAGCAAUUAGAUCUUUGAAGGCCUGAACAAAACCCACAUUAAGCAAGUGCGAGCCUGUGGAUUUUAUUAAAUGCUUUCUAUCUGACCUGUCUUUAGCAGAAUAAACAAAGGAUUUCAAAAAGUUCCUUCUGAAAUCAUGGAUUUAAAGGCAAUUUGUGCCUGUUAAUGUCAGCCUUUUCCCUUGGGUAUUACGCCUUUGUUUUGUUCUCCUUUGCUGCUGGGUUCUUUGUGGUAUAUGCUCUUACAAAUGGCUGCAGCAUGAAGAUAAAUGGGAUUGGGUGUUGGAACACUCUAACAGGAGAUCGGAAAUCAAUCCUUGACUUCCCUUCUAAAUGACCAUGGUCCAACAGAGGAGCAUUCCCUUACUCUUUUCCCAUUACCAUGCUAUGGCAGGUUGCUGGGAAAUUCCUUCCAGCUCUUCCUCUGUGAUCUGUUUCUACCCUUUGAAAAAUAAAAACAAAACUUUGGAUGAUGUGGGCUCUUUGAGGUGACAUAAAGAGAAACUGCAUUGGUGUUGAAGAGAGCAAGGGAUGAAGCUGUACUCCACUGAGGGAUGCUUUAUGUUGUGGUCUGUGUUUAAACCUGGCCGUUGAGACUCAACCAGCGGCAUCUCUGAAAGGGGUAAUGCCAAAAUUAUUAUUAUUUCAGGAAAAGUAAAUCCAAAAGUCAGCUUUUGCUGGUGUGAUUUCUGAGCUGAAGCUGUGCUGUUUCCUCUCUGAGCUGUAGGGUCUUCCAUUUCAGAAGUGUUUUGCCACCAAAAUAAGUCCUGUUUUGCCUUGGAGCUUUUGACAGUCCUACUGAGACUGUCUUGCUUGCACUGUCAUUACUGCAGUGCCUCAGACAGUCUGGCCUGACAGCCUAAGUUAAUUCUAUAGAAAAAGGAGAAGGAAAAAGACACUUGAAAAUAGAUUCAGUUUUCUUUUAACCUGUUACUUUCUCAUAAAAAACUACACUGGAGUUGGAAAGAGGUUUUAAACCAGAGCAUGUAAUUUCAAACUCUCCUUAUCCUUCAUUCCUGGACAGUGCAAGCCAGGUCUGCUGUGUUUUCACUCCCACUCUUACUUCCCACAGACUUUACCACACUGUGGGUUGCCAGCUCUGCACAGGAACCUGGUAAUCCUUGCUGGCUUACUGUGCUGCUGUGAGGUAUGGGUUUGGGUUUUAAGUGAGACUAGGUUUUCUAUAAACAGUGUCAGGGAUAAAUCUGGGACUGCUCUUGUACCAGUGAGACUGGAAACUUCUUACCUCUAUAUUUUACCUCUGUGAAGUAAUCCCACGAGUUCAAACCAGAACUGUUCAGUCAUCUGUGGAAAAACGUUUUGUGGAUUGAGGGAAGGUUAUAGCUCAGGAGAAUGUGAUCUAGCCACACGUGAAUGUGGUGAAGGGACAGCAGGAGCUUAUAUGUUCUGUUAAAGACCACUUUUCCCUUUGUCGCAUCUCUCUUGGUUAUGUUUUGUAGCUUUCAUUGGAAUAUUGUCCUAAACCCCUACCAUUUGUCAGUCUUUUGAGUUGGCUCAAGGUGGACAAGAAGGGCUCAGUGAAUAGUGCUUAGUCUGCUCUUGUCAUUUGUGUUUCAUUACUUUGUUGUUCUUGUCUCCAUCCCUUACAACUUUUAUGUAGUGUAUUACUACUGGAAACAAUAAAGCUUUGGCUCAGGAA